AUGGAGACGUCCACAGCUUCUACACAGCAAGCCAAUGCAGCACAUGGACCGCAGUCAUCUCGUCGAAGGCCCAGGCCCAGAGAUGGGAAGUCGAAUGCCGCACCUGCGUUGCGCAACCAGGCCAUUGUCCAAGCCCCCACUGCCCGGGUGGUCACCAAACCUGAAGCUUCAUCACAAACCAAGGAUCCACGCGAGUACCGCAUCGAGCAAAUACGGCGGCGGUUCAAACCUAUAGAAACCACCCUGCCAGAUGGAACAACGUCACUCUUGUUCAAACUCAAGCCAUCGGACCCUGAUUUCCCCUUUGAAAUGUCAGAUCUCGAAUGUGAUCUGCGGGUGCCGAAAGCGUAUCCCAACCAGAAGCCAUCUCUACUGGUGAAGAACAAGAACAUCCCCAAAGGCUCAAGCCUGAAUGUCGAAAAGGGCUGGGACAACCUGGUGGAGAAGAGAAGGGGCAAGGGCGCAACACUUCUCAGCCUUGUCAAUGCGCUUGACAGGUCCAUGGAGAGCUUUCUAUCACAGAAGCAAGUCGAGACGAUCAAGCUGGUAUCUUUCCAAGGGAACAAUGAUGCAGCACCGCAGGCAGAGACAUCGAGGCCCGUGUCGCCAAAAAAGCCUGCACCCCGAGCGCAGCCUUCAUCGGCGACUACGCUUCCAGAGCGACCAGCUGCUGCCACCGCGACGAGACCAGCGCUUCCACCGCUCGAGCCUGAGCCCUGGUUCAAGCCACAGCAGAUUGAGGAAGCCAAGGCACGGCGGUCCAAAGAGAUUCGACAAGUGGACAGUCGCAUGGCAGGUGUCCCUGGCUACUCGAGGUCCAAGGACGGUAUUGUAUUCACCAUGCCACUGCAGAUUGAAGACAGAGAACGACUGCCGCUGUCUCUCAAGUCAGUACAGUCUGCUUUGUUCAUUGUCCCCCUUCUGUAUCCCCUGCAGAACCUCAGGAUUCAUUUCAAUGAGGUUGAGGAGGAGGUGGCCGAGCCUAUUGAGGAGUUGUUUGCCCACAUUGCCGCGGAGAAGAAGGAUACAAACCUCAUGGGUUACCUAAACUACCUGUGUGGCAGGCUUCACCAACUUCCAGACAAAGUGGCAAUGGCCAAGGUCGAAGCAGUCAGACGGCAAGUACUGGCUCCUCAAGUGUCGGCGCCCAAGAAGUCCGCAGAAGAAAAGGUAUUGGACAAGAAGGACGCUGAGCUGUACGGUGUGCAAUCAGAGAAGCCUCACGUGCAGUUCAUCGCAAGACCACCAGAGUGGGACUCCCCAUCUCGUCAGGGAGAUGAGCUCCUCUCAUCUGAAUCCGAGGAUACAGAUGACGGCGGCGUGGACGUCGAGUACUCCGAAGAAGAGGCCGCGGCUCCCAUGGUGGAGGAGACGCCGGAGCGAGGCACCAUGCUCAGUUUCCCCAACAUCGCGCUUUACGGUAUCGAGCUCCUGCAGUUGACCACAUUGAGCCUACAGGUCAAAUGCGAGCGUUGCAAGGAGAUGAAUGAUUUCAAUCGCCUGAAGCCCAACGAGGAGAGAAAGUCCAGCUGUCGCAAAUGCACAACACCCCAUACUGCCACCUUCCGACCGACGUUGAUUCACGAGCACUCAACGAGAGCUGGGUUCAUCGACUUGUCCGGCUGCAAAGCGGCUGACAUGCUGCCUAGCCCCUUUAUCCCGACAUGCCAGAACUGCUCGUCCGCGAACCACGAACUUGUCUCCGUCCGCGGCGAGUCCAUCACCAACGUCUGCCGCGUGUGCCACGCCAAGUUCACCUUCAAGAUCCCCGAGGUGCGCCUCCUGCUUAUCACGCCCGGCUCCCUGCCACCACCAGACAUGCCCAAGCGCAAGCAGGAGCGUCUCGGCCUGCGCAUCGGCGAACAGCUUCCGGAUCGCGGCUCCUGCGCGCACUACAAAAAGUCGUACCGCUGGUUCCGCUUCUCGUGCUGCAACAAGGUGUAUGCCUGCGACAAGUGCCACGACGCAAAGGAGGACCACAUCAACGAGUGGGCGAACCGGAUGCUCUGCGGCUGUUGCAGCCGCGAGCAGAACUACAACCCGGAGGCGUGCAACUACUGCGGGCGCAGCGUCAUUGGGAAGAAGGGCAGAGGCUUCUGGGAGGGCGGCAAAGGCACGCGUGAUCAAAGACUGAUGAGUCGCAAGGACCCCAGAAAGUACAAGAGGAUAGGUACAGGCGCGGCGAUUAAGAAGGAUUGA